AUGACUAACUUCUGGAAUGGUAUUUGGGGAAAAGAGAAAGAGUUUAAUAGUGAAGCCGAAUGGAUUAAGAGAGAACAGGAGAGGAUGAAUGAAGUGGAACAACAACAAUGGGAUGAAAUAACAAACCCAGAAAGUGCUCCUGAAUGGUUAACUGAAGGAACAACAUACCUCUUACCCAAAAACCAAGAAACCCAAAACCCAAAAAACUAUAGACCAAUUACAUGUCUUACAACUACAUAUAAAAUACUAACUUCCAUUAUAACUAAUCGCAUCGAAUUAAAUAACACAAAUUAUGGUUACAAAAUCUACAACAAGUCCGUAAAUCACCUGUUCUACAUGGAUGACUUGAAACUGUUUGCCAAAAGUGAUAAAGAUCUUGAAGGCCUACUGACCACAGUUAAAUGUUUCAGUGAUGACAUAGGCAUGGAGUUUGGCUUAGACAAGAUGCACCAUCCAAAAGCAGACGUUGAUCAUCUCUAUCUCCCACGGAGGUGUGGUGGUAGAGGUAUGAUAAACUUAGAAACAGCCUACAAGACCUCGACAAUAGGCAUGGCAACCUACCUCUCAGUAUCUAAAGAUUGGAUGAUUAAGCUGGUCCAUCAGCAUGAACAAAGUAAGAAACUUUUCUCCAUUAAUAAAGAAGCAUGCAAAUACGAGAGAGAAUUUGAAUUAGAAGACAACGUUGCUAGGAAUGACGAGCUCCCAGCAACUAAACAAGCGAAGUCCUCAAAGUCGUCUGCAAAAAGCUGUGCUUUGAGACAAACUGCAGAAAGAUGGAACCAGAAAUCUCUGCAUGGAAAGUACCCACUCUGCUGCCAACAAGCUGAUGUAGACCAAACCGCAACCCAUCAGUGGCUAAGGAGUUCUGGACUUAAGGCAGAGACGGAAGGUUCCAUCUUAGCUGCCCAAGAUCAAUCUCUUUUCACAAGAAAUUACCAGGCAAACAUUCUAAAAAAUGGUGCUAAUGAAAAGUGUAGAUUCUGUGAUACUCAUAAGGAAACUAUUGAUCACCUCAUAUCAGGGUGUCCAGUUCUGGCACUUAACGAGUACAAGAAUAGGCAUGACAGGGUUGGGCAAUAUUUGCAUUGGACAAUCUGUAAUUCAUACAAUAUCAAAACGUGUGAACACUGGUACGAACACAAAUCUGAACCAGUUGUUGAAGGUGAAAAUGCUACCCUGCUAUGA